AUAAGGACAUGAGAAGACAUGAUAAAACUUUAGAAUUCAUAUUUUCUAUAAUUAAAAAAAAGAUAAAGAGUUUGAUAGACGUACAAUGAUAAAAUCUUUUAUGUUUCCAUGUUAAUUGGCAUUGUUUUUACUUUACUAGCAUUAGAGGAAAAUAUUGAUAUAUCAUCCCCUAUCCUUUUCCUCAAGUUGACCAAUGAGACACGAAAAUCCCCAGUACGAGUAAUGCCUUCAUCUCAUCCUGGAUUAGAGAUUUACUGACCGCUGACACGUGUGGCUCCUCUAAUUUACAGCCACAGCACGCCUGUCCACAACAGCAGUCCAAUUUAACACUCACCCUGGAAUAUCUGAAGAAAACACACCAUCAAUGGACCAGAGGGAGGGUCAAUCACUAAGAAGAUCUAUCAAAAAGAGGUGCCAAUUGGAAUUAAAUCAUCUGUCCACAUGCACAUUGCUACCCUUGAGAAGUGUUGGCUCAUCAUUUCAGUAACACCGGUCUCGCUGGAUGCCGCCGGUGGAAGAGAGCUGACCUUAUGAGUUACAGGACUGAUACGGUGGGCGAGGGACAUGACCAGAGGUCUAGGUUAUGACUACACAACAGUCCUGCAGUAAUGAAUACAUCUCCGGGAAUGGCACCAUCAUCUCCAGUUUUGUUUUCUCUCACUGGGCGGCCCCCCAGUCCUGGAAGGAGGCCACCCUCACCUUUCAGAUCGCCCUCUCCUUCUAUAAUGACUUCACCUAAACUAUGGCAGAAAGCUGCGAUAUCACGUCUGGCUGAGGAGUUCUUCUGGAUUGGGGGAAGUAUUGUUGCAUCGCCGAAAUGGAGAAUGGGCCACAUAGUGGAGAGAUGCAUUUGCAGCAUGCAGGCCGGAUCUCAAAUGAUUAAACUAAAAGGAAAGUCCAAGGCUCUGGUGCGCCUCUUCUACCUAGAUGAGCACAAGUCCUGCAUCCGCUGGAGGCCUUCCAGAAAACAUGAAAGAGCUAAAAUCACCAUAGACUCCAUCCAUGAGGUCUGUGAGGGAAUGAGAACUGAGGUCUUCAGGCGAUUUGCCAACAAUAACUUUGAUCCAAACUGCUGCUUCAGUAUUUACCAUGGAGACCACGUGGAGUCUCUUGACUUGGUUUCCACGAAUGGAGAAGAGGCACGGACCUGGAUUACUGGCCUUAAAUACCUUCUGGCAGGCAUCAGUGAUGAGGACAGUCUGGCAAAAAGGCAACGGACACGAGAUCAAUGGUUGAGACAGACCUUUUCAGAAGCAGACAAAAAUGGAGAUGGGAAUCUGAGCAUUGGAGAGGUUUUACAGCUGCUUCACAAGCUCAACGUGAACCUUCCAAAGCAGAAAGUCAGAGAAAUGUUUCAGGAGGCUGACACUGAUGAAAACCAGGGGUCAUUGACAUUUGAUGAAUUCUGUACUUUUUACAAGAUGAUCUCGACACGCCGAGAUCUUUACUUACUAAUGAUCACCUACAACAACCACAAAGAGCACAUGGAUCUGAACGACCUCCAACGCUUCUUGGAAAAUGAGCAAAAGAUGGUAAAUGUGACCAAAGACUACUGCAAAAUGAUCAUCAACCAGUUUGAACCAUGUUCUGAAAACCAAACACAUAUGGUGCUGGGCAUUGAUGGUUUCACCAACUACAUGCGUAGUCCUGCAGGGGACAUCUUCAACCCAGAACACUAUCAAGUAAAUCAGGACAUGACACAGCCGUUGACAAACUACUACAUAGCAUCGUCUCACAACACCUACCUGACUGGAGAUCAGCUGCUAUCUCAGUCUCGGGUUGAUAUGUACGCGUAUGUGCUUCAGGCAGGCUGUCGCUGUGUGGAAGUUGACUGCUGGGAUGGUCCUGAUGGGGAACCGAUUGUGCAUCAUGGUUACACACUCACCUCAAAAAUCCUCUUUAAAGAUGUUAUUGAGACAAUCAACAAAUAUGCAUUUGCCAAAACUCAAUAUCCAGUGAUCCUUUCUAUAGAGAACCACUGCACUGUGCCUCAGCAGAAGAAAAUGGCUCAAUACCUCAUGGAAGUGCUACAGGACAAGCUGGACCUGUCAAAUAUAAAUGUGAAUGAGUCCAGGCGUUUGCCAUCUCCAGAGGUUUUAAAGGGGAAAGUGCUUGUCAAGGGAAAGAAGCUCCCAGCAAACAUUGAUGCUGAUGCAGAGGAAGGAGAUGUGUCUGAUGAAGACAGCGGUGAAGAGGACGAGGAGGAAGAGCAGCAAAUUAAUGGAGAUACCACAGGAGCACCAGAGAUGGGCGAAGAAUCAAAGAAACGCUCACAGAGGUUGUUCAUGGACAGCUUCAGGCGCAAGAAGAAAAAACGGGUCAAGUUAAAAAAGAAGCCAGGCCUUAAUGACUCUGAUAAUGAGCAGGAAAUUCCAAGCAGUAAUGAUAAACAGGUCAUCAACUAUGGCAAACGGAGGAAAACAAUGAGACUUUCUCGUGCCCUCUCUGAUCUGGUCAAAUACACAAAGUCAGUGCGAGUUCAUGAUAUAGAAACUCAAGCAUACGUGUGCAGCUGGCAAGUGUCCUCCUUAAACGAAAGCCUAACUAACCAGAUUCUGCAGCUAAAGCCUGCUCAGUUAGUUCGCUUUAAUCAACGACAGCUCUUACGAGUCUACCCUUCCAACUACCGUGUUGAUUCUAGCAACUUCAAUCCUCAGCCUUUUUGGAAUGCAGGAUGUCAUUUAGUUGCUCUCAACUAUCAAACAGAAGGCCGUAUGUUACAGCUGAACAGGGCAAAAUUUGCAGUGAAUGGAAACUGUGGUUAUGUACUCAAGCCAAAAUGCAUGUGUAAAGGUGCCUUUAAUCCUAUGCUGGAAGACCCUUUGCCAGGACACAGGAAAUCUCAGCUAGUGCUCAAGAUAAUUAGUGGCCAGCAGCUACCGAAGCCAAAAGACUCCAUGUUAGGGGACAGAGGAGAGAUCAUAGAUCCCUUUGUGGAAGUGGAGAUUAUUGGAUUGCCUGUUGAUUGCAAUAAACAGCAGACAAGAGUAGUGGAUGACAACGGUUUUAACCCCAUGUGGGAGGAGACACUAGUGUAUACACUGCACAUGCCUCAGAUUGCCUUAGUACGCUUUAUGGUUUGGGACCAUGAUCCAAUUGGACGAGACUUCAUUGGACAGAGAACCAUAGCAUUUAAAAGCAUGAUGCCAGGCUAUCGUCAUGUCUAUUUAGAAGGUAUGGAAGAAGCAUCUAUCUUUGUCCAUGUUGCCAUUAAUGACAUCACAGGAAAGGUCAAAUCAAGCAAUGCAGUAAAGCAGCUAAUCCAGAAAAACCUUAUGCAGAGCUCUGAAGAUGGCACAAGGACAGCUUUUGGUCCGAUCUUCCUGCGAAAAGGUGGAAAGAACCAAGCAAAAGUGGUGAAGGGCUCAGCCGACUGCUACACCAAAGAAGACUUUCUAAACAGACGUUACAGUGAUGACGUGAGCUCGAAAGGCAGCAGGAGCACCUCACAGUCCACAUCUUUGCUCAGAGGAGCUCAAAGUGAACCCCUGAGAAGGGCACAUAAGGUCUGUUUUCAGGAGCCAGAAGGAUCUCAUGAGGCACGGCGCCACCUGUCCUCCAUCACAUGCUCUGGUGGAGCAGGAGUGGCUAUGGACUACAACAACUUAGCAUCUGAUUCAAAAGACAGUUCAGACUUGGACAUUCAGACUUCUGUGGUUCAAUCACACCUUGAGGAUACCAAAGAGUUGACAGUUCCAAAACGGAAAAAAACGGAGUGUGAGCCUGAAGAUGUAGCAAUAUCAAAGAUGAAGGUUCCCGCUUCUACACUGAAUAAUCAGUUCUUGUCGAAGCAGAUCUCAGGUGUUAAAUCUGUCAUUGAGGCUUCAGAGCACGAACCUGAGAUGUAUGAACCUCAAAAGAGUCUGAAAAUUCAGUCAGAAAUGACACAUGAGUGUGAACCCUUAAAUUUCCAUCCAAUACCUGAUGGUGUACUAGAUCCUUCCAGUGGAACGUUAAACACCAGAAACAUGGCGCUCAGGAAUAAAUUUGGACGUUCUUUAGAUGGUAGACCUAACCCUCAGUGGCAGCCAUUGUCAAUCCCAGCAACCCCUGUGUUGAGCAGACGCAUGAAUGACCCAGACACACCAUCUUCCAAAGAUUCACCAUUUAAAGGACGCAGAUCACAAAGCGUCCCAAGACGCCAUCCGCCCUUGCCACCAAACACACCCCAUCACAUUAGGAAAGACUUCCUCAACCAGUACCCUCUCCCUCAGUGCAGUUACUCUACAACAAAUAACUCUGUUCCUAAUAAUCACAACCUCACUGAGAGUGAAUCAAGCAGCCUAAGUAGUUUAGACAGCCUUGACCUGAGUACUCUGCCAUCCCGUUUCCCUGACAACCAGCAGCAGACAAUGGGCACACUGCAGAGGGAAAUGAAUGCUCUGUUUGAGCAGAAAAUGCUUGAGAUUCGCUGCCAUUCACCACUGUUUUUCGGAGAUGAGUCGUAAGGCACAGAACAAUGUAUUUUCUAAAUUAUAAAUUAUGUUAAAUUAAUGCUCUUUUCAUGCUGGUUGAAAUGUCUAGAGCUUGAGUAAAACAAAAAUCGCUUUUAAUUUGACCUUCCAAGAGAUCUCAGUGAUGUUAAUUUAUGGUGGCUUUUGAAUCUUUUUUAGAUUCAUCAACACUGUAAAAAUAAAAAUGCAUGUGAAACCUAAGAAGAAACUGAAAUAAAAUUCCACACUGCAAUUAUGGAUGUAGACAGAUGCUACAGGAAGAAAAGCAAUUACAAAAAUACACAUUUAUAUUUGGUACAUGUAUUAUCUUGUUUAAAUAUUACUCGUAAUCUCAAAAUCUUCAUAUUUUUUCCAAAAGGAGCUUGGAAUGUUGCAUUUGCUUUUUGUUUUUUUAGAAGCUCCAAUUCACCAUUUAAAAGUAAACAUGUUUCUACUCAUGUUUGUUAAAAAAUGCAAUCACACUUUGCUGUUAAAUCGGGUUUAUUAAUUCAUUAAUAUGCAUGGUGCCAGAAUGCAUACCUCUUUUGUGAUAGUAAGAUAUGUUUUUAACAUAAUUUUAUGUAUUUUUACUUGUACUUUUUAUAGGCAUUUCCCUUGCAUUUCUGAAUUUGUUAUAAACUCUGGUGUACAGAAUUUAACAAACAUAAAAUCAAAUUUACUCUUUUUCACUUGUCCUCAAUCCUUGUCAUUCAUUAACAAAAUAGAUUUUAUAUUUAACAUUUUUGAUUCAUAAUUCUGGU